GCAGGGACGCUGCAGGGGCCGCACGAGAAGCGGCUGCUGGAGGACCUCCUGGACGACUACAACGUCCUGGAGCGGCCGGUGGCCAACGAGUCGGAGCCGCUGGAGAUCAAGUUCGGCCUCACGCUGCAGCAGAUAAUCGAUGUGGAUGAGAAGAACCAACUCCUUAUUACAAAUAUUUGGCUUUCGUUGGAAUGGACGGACUACAACCUAAGAUGGAACCACUCGGAGUACGGCAACGUCAAAGAUCUUCGCAUCACACCUAAUAAGAUUUGGAGACCGGAUGUAUUAAUGUACAACAGCGCUGAUGAGGGUUUCGACGGCACGUACCACACAAAUGUUGUGGUCAGGGACUCAGGCAAGUGCCUCUACGUACCACCCGGCAUCUUCAAGAGCACAUGCAAGAUAGACAUUACAUGGUUCCCUUUUGAUGACCAACACUGUGACAUGAAGUUUGGUAGCUGGACGUAUGACGGAAGCCAGCUUGACCUCAUCCUCAACUCGGAGGAGGGCGGUGACCUCUCUGACUUCAUCACGAACGGCGAAUGGUAUCUACUGGGGAUGCCCGGCAAGAAGAACGUGAACAUGUACGCCUGCUGUCCGGAACCGUACGUGGAUGUGACGUUCACCAUACAGAUCCGGCGCAGGACGCUUUACUAUUUCUUCAACCUCAUCGUGCCCUGCGUGCUCAUCAGCUCCAUGGCUCUGCUCGGGUUCACCUUGCCACCUGACUCCGGGGAGAAGCUCACCCUAGGGGUCACAAUUCUUCUUUCAUUGACUGUGUUCCUCAAUAUGGUGGCGGAAUCAAUGCCAACAACGUCUGACGCAGUGCCCUUAAUAGAGACGUACUUCAACUGCAUCAUGUUCAUGGUGGCCUCCUCUGUGGUGCUCACCGUCGUCGUCCUCAACUUUCACCAUCGCACUGCGGACAUACAUGAGAUGCCAUCCUGGGUGAAGAAGGUGUUCCUGCUGUGGCUUCCCUGGGUCCUGUGUAUGAGCAGGCCGGGGAGGAAGAUCACCAGAAAGCAGUUGAUGAUCUCUUCGCGGAUGAAGGAGCUGGAGCUGAAGGAGCGCUCCUCCAAGAGCCUCCUGGCCAACGUCCUGGACAUCGACGACGACUUCCGGAGAUCCCACGGCGUGCCCCCCAACAGCGCCGUUCAUGAGGACGGCGUCGACGCUGGAAGACCAAGCUCGGCGAGCCCUGCGUGUCCCGUAGCGGCCAGAGACCUUCAGGCCAUUUUGAGAGAGCUGCAGUUCAUCACGAAUCGCAUGAAGAAGAACGACGAGGAGAUGGAAGUCAUGAACGACUGGAAAUUCGCAGCCAUGGUUGUGGACCGAUUCUGCCUCAUCAUCUUCACCGUCUUCACCAUCAUCGCCACGGUAGCUGUGCUCCUGUCGGCGCCGCACAUCAUAGUCCAAUGAUUCGAGCACUGCCCAACGUUCGGGGUCGCCAUAGCCGUGUGGGACUCUGCAUCAUCUUUCUGGCGCGCCGCGGGACAGGGGCGUUGAAGAACGGUUGCCAAUCGGUGGCAGCGGAGUCUGCCGGAACUACACCAUGACCGUGGCGGUUCUGUCAAGGUUGACUGCCACACACUUGUUGUGUCGGGCAUACUCUCCUUGACUAGAUUUGUUGUUUAUGUAUUUGAAAAUAAAAUUGCCGGGUUUCUGUCAAGUAUGCAUCACUGGUCAUCCUCGUGGUUGCGAGUUUCGCUUCCAUUUUGUUUUUUUGUAUUUGCUCAUUUGCCAUUUCACCACUGUCCUGGUGCUUAUGCAUCGUUAAUGAGCCCCUCCCCCCUUGUUUUGUCAUUAGUUCGCGAUGCAUGCGACGGGAUCCGGUGAUUGUUUGUUUUGGUUGGAAGGCCGACUUGGUGUCUUCGGUUCGGCAGCCGAUCGGUACGCGGCAUGCUUGCCUGCAUCGCUGCAGCGCGCUGGCGUGACUAGGGCCGGGACCAGAAGGGUGGCAGGGUGCAGCUGGUCUGCCCCCGCGCCUCAUUUCUCCGGACUGGGGUGGCCUUAGGCUCACCUCUUCUCUCCAGCGUAACUUGUCUUUUUUGUAAGAUUUUUUUGUGGAAUAUUCACGUUGUAAGCGUUAAUAUAUUGUGUUCAAGCUAGAGUGACGGUUCGAGUGCUUCUACCCGUAAUGGUUUUGCCGAAUUAUGAUCUAUCGUUUUAGGCGUUGUGCUGUUAAUUUGUUUUCUGUAACUGAAAUUGACUGAGUGCGGGCGUAGUUUCGAAUUUAUGUUCCAGUCUGCCCAUGGUUGUCAAAUCAAAUUGGCAACCAAAUUCAAACAAGUUUCAGCAUAGGUAAAUUGUUAUUCUGAUCAAGGCAUCCAACGCACCUGUUUUCUCGAAAACGCCCAUUGGACAUUUCUUAGGUUUCGUUUCUCAUCCGAUCACUCCUAUAUUGCCAAAGAUGCUGCACUUUUGUUUCUGUCUGAUCCAAUUGUUUCAUUUGCACAUAUUUGCGGCUCCAAGCCCUGUGUUUGGGCCGAUGGGUCGUCAGUUUAUCAUAAUCUCCUCUCAGCGGGAACCCAUCUGCAGUCAUCUUACACCAAUUCGCUAUGCACUCUGUGAUUUUGGAUGGAAACCGACUUUGCGGCGUCGGUAUGAAUGGUCAGGGCGGGCCCUGAAUUGACGUCUGCAAUGUCGGUGCAACUCACAUUCCAUUAUUAUGAGUAUAACUACCAUUAUUACUGUAAUUACUAUUAUUAUUUGUAUGUUGAAUACUUGAAUUCUAGUUCAAAAUACGAAAACAUGUUUUAUAUGAACUGGUGUUUCCAGUUGCUUCCAUUAAGUAAACGGGAAAAAGCUCAAUUAUUAUUAUUAUAAAUGAUUGUAUAAUUUUUUCAUAUUCAUUGAUCAACAGAUGUAUUCUUGUGUGUAUCUUUCUGCGCUAUUUUUGUUGUCUGUACUAGGCUCAGGUGCUCUUCUGAGGGUAGCCCUUGCUUGUUCCAACACAGCGGCGUUGACCAAAAUAAUUCUUACGCCGUAUUGUUACGCUUUGGCCGUUCAAUAUUUGUAUCCUGAACGGCAUUGAAGGUCUACCCACAGGACGAAUGUAAGGCGAAAGUCACGCUUAGCAGUCCUAGUUGCCUCCUACCUGAUACUCCUUGUGCGUAACAAUGAACAUUUUUGGUGUAGACGCUGUAUUCUUAUCAACCAUUCAAAAGCUGUCUCGAACGUAUCAGUCUCCUGGGACCGCCAGUCCUUUGUACACUCUGCCAAGGAGUAUUAGCGCACGAGGCAACUGAGUGUUUUGCCGUUAAUAGUUAACACUGCCUCGACCGGUCAGCAGACAACUGCUGUCUUCGGUCCAUUCCUACUAUUGAAAGCUGGCCUGUGACUACUAGUUGAAACUCGGUGAAGUCCAUGCCGUGAGGCCGAGAAAUCUUCAUGUCUGGCUGCUAAGUGUGACGUCCCAGCACCACUGUUAGCCUCGGGCGGUUACCCUGCUUAUCAAGGCCAUGUUUCAAGUCGUUCAAUUGUUAGCACCCUCGAAUUGAACAGUGCGCUAGCUCGUGUUGCGCCACGGCCCCAUCGUUAUGUUUAUGAAAUUCUAAAAGUAAAUUGUAACUAAAAUAUAGGCCAGGGUAAUCGUCUUUUGAUAUGUGUGUUAGCUAGACUAGUUAUUGGCCAGAGGCAGUGAGCGGUGGUGUCCAACUCGGGCCGUUUGGAAGCACCCAUAUGAAAACCACCAUCAUUAUCAUCGAUUUGCUCCAGGAGAGUCCAAGUCCUUAAGCUCAUUUUGUGAUAACCUGGAACAAAUAUUGGCUUCGGUGAUUCUGUCAUGGUUGCAUUCAACUUUCUUGGCUACAAAACUGUAAGCGUACGAUGACUUGUAAAAUUUCACUGCCCACCGACGGCAUUCUUUUGACUUUGAUGGUGCGCGCCUGUCAUGGGCCGGGCAACAACUGUUGGGUCUAUUUCCUUACUCAUUUAUUUACCCAAAGUCAGCCUUUUCAAUGUUUAUUUUCCAUUCAGUUCGUGACACGUCUCAACCUCAUGUUUUUUUAUGUUUUUUUACAUACUCAUGAUAAUUGAGCUCAGAGCCCAUCCCUUUAUCGCAUACAUAUUAGAUGUUCGCUUGGAGUGUUCCUUGUCUUUACAUUGCAAUGUAAAUAAGAAGCCCAGUUUACAGCUUGUAAUCUGUAUGCAUCUUCUACUUAAGAGCAUUCUAUCUCAUUCAAACAGGCCCUUAGUUAGACUCUUAUUCUUAACUCUAUGUCUAGAUGUAACUGCGUGGGCGUAGUUCGUGAUAGGCCUCGCCUAAUUUUCUUUUGGGUAAACAUCAAAUUAAAUGCUUUUAGAGUAAGGUAGAAAUUUUUUUACGUCUAGCAGUUUUGCUGCGGUGUUAGAAUGAUUUGCAAAAAAAUCCCUAUCAGCGUUUAACGGAUUGUUUAUUUAAAGGAAAUGAUUUGGGUUGACACCCCUCCCCCGGCCCUUGCCCCAACCCCGCCGCUGCCUCGCUCAAACUAAACGCUAAAAUAAGAAACGGGUACUCGUUCCCAUGCAGCGACUUUGCACCAAUAAUUAAAUAAACUGAGCUCCGAACCGCUUAAACUGCAUGGGAAAAAACCCCUUUCGACUAAACAAGGGGACAACUGUGUCCCUAUUUAAUUAUUGUGCCAACUAAACGAACAAAAGUGAUUAAAUUUGCAAUAUUUGUAAAUGUGUAAAAAAAUGUGUGUAAAUAUAAGCAAAAAUCUUUUUGCAGUGAUAUAUAUUGUAUAAAGUACGCUAAUUAAUAUGGAAAUGUGUUUUUACUGUGUAAAUAAUGAAUACUAUUUGUGUCGUACGUAGUCUAAAUAAAGUUGUUUUUUAAAACAAGCACGUCGUGGCGGCGUGGGGGCUUUUCCACCUCCUGGCCGGUAGAUGGCGCUUGGAGCGCCUCACUAUCACGUCGAUGCUUCUGGGAGAUGCAUUGUUGCAAUGUCGGGCUGCAACUGACUUGGCGGCCCUAGUAUUUUUACGACUAAUGAUUGUCUAGUCAGUAGCGCCGUGGAAUUUUCUUUCCUGCCCUUGAGAGAGUGUGGCGAGUGACUGUCUUUGUAAACGUGAAAAUGUGGACGGGCGUCUGUGUGUGUGAGUCUGUUGUUUGUGUGCGUGAGAGAGAGUGGGAGAGAGCGUAAAUGGUUCCCUUACAUUUCUUCAUCUUCUUUCUCCUUGCUGCCGGCGUCCUGCGUGCGCCCAGCAAAGGUCCUAGCAUCGGUGGCCUCACUCAUCGAUGUCGGAAUUUGUUCCGUUGAUGAUUGACAUUGGUUGAUUGACAAGUGUUUUAUUAAUUAAACUGUUUUUACCAAACGA